AUGGCUGUUGAGAAACUCUUCAAAGAUGAAGCUACUGAAGAGAAGGGUGACCGAGCUAGAAUGGCUUCCUUUAUUGGUGCUAUGGCAAUAGCUGACCUAGUUAAGACAACUUUGGGUCCUAAAGGAAUGGACAAGAUUUUACAAUCAACAGGCAGGGGAAGAAGUGUCACUGUUACCAAUGAUGGUGCAACCAUCUUAAAGUCCCUGCAUAUUGACAACGCAGCUGCAAAAGUGCUUGUUGACAUUUCAAAAGUCCAGGAUGAUGAAGUUGGUGAUGGGACUACUUCUGUUGUUGUUUUGGCUGGAGAACUUCUUCGGGAGGCAGAAAAGUUGGUGAAUGCAAAGAUUCACCCAAUGACAAUCAUCUCAGGUUUUCGAAUGGCUGCUGAGUGUGCUCGUAAUGCGUUGUUGGAGAAGGUUGUUGACAAUAAACAAGAUGCAGAGAAAUUCAAAUCUGAUUUAAUGAAGAUUGCAAUGACUACUUUAAGUUCCAAAAUCUUGUCUCAGGACAAGGAACAUUUCGCAAAACUAGCCGUUGAUGCUGUCAUGAGGCUAAAGGGCAGUACGAACCUGGAGGCUAUCCAAAUUAUAAAGAAGCCUGGAGGCUCUUUGACAGAUUCUUUCCUGGAUGAGGGGUUCAUUUUGGACAAAAAAAUUGGUAUUGGACAACCCAAGAGAAUUGAAAAUGCAAAGAUUUUGGUGGCCAAUACCGCAAUGGAUACAGAUAAAGUGAAAAUCUACGGGGCACGUGUUCGUGUUGAUUCAAUGUCCAAAGUUGCGGAAAUUGAGGGUGCAGAAAAAGAUAAGAUGAGGGAGAAAGUGCAGAAAAUUAUAUCCCACGGGAUAAAUUGUUUUGUAAACCGCCAGCUGAUUUACAAUUUCCCUGAGGAAUUAUUUGCUGAUGCUGGAGUACUUGCAAUUGAACAUGCUGAUUUUGAGGGAAUUGAGCGUCUUGCUCUUGUAACUGGUGGGGAGAUUGCAUCAACCUUUGAUAAUCCUGAGUCUGUCAAGCUUGGACAAUGCAAACUUAUUGAAGAAAUUAUGAUUGGUGAGGACAAAUUAAUCCACUUCUCUGGUUGUGAAAUGGGACAAGCCUGUACAAUUGUGCUUAGGGGUGCAAGCUCUCAUGUGCUAGAUGAAGCUGAUAGAUCCCUACAUGAUGCCUUGUGUGUUCUAUCUCAGACGGUGAAUGACAGCAGGGUGUUGCUUGGAGGUGGAUGGCCAGAGAUGGUGAUGGCCAAGGCAGUAGAUGAACUGGCCAGGAAGACCCCUGGCAAAAAAUCUCAUGCCAUUGAAGCUUUUUCUCGAGCAUUGUUGGCUAUUCCAACCAUAAUUGCUGAUAAUGCUGGUCUUGACAGUGCUGAAUUGGUUUCUCAACUCCGUGCGGAACACCACAAGGAGGGAAGUACUGCAGGCAUUGAUGUCAUAUCUGGAUCUGUUGGAGAUAUGGCAGAGCUGGGAAUUUCUGAAGCAUUCAAAGUAAAGCAAGCUGUAUUGCUCUCCGCCACUGAGGCUGCAGAGAUGAUUUUGAGAGUUGACGAAAUCAUUACUUGCGCCCCGCGAAGGAGGGAAGACAGAAUGUAA